AAACUGAUCCAUUGUCUUAAAUCAUUCUAGUUCAGAUCCUGUCCAUUCCAGGGUUGAGAGGAGAGAUGAGAGGAAUAGUUAUAGUUCUCAUCUUCUCUAUAUAUACCAGCGCCAAUGGAGAUGAAAGCAGCAGCAGCAGCAGCAGUAAAAUGGCUGCCAGCUCUGUCUCCGCGGCAUCCUCAUCAGCUGCAGCCAAGUCGUCUUCAUCUGCAAUGAGCUCCGAUUCAAGCUCAGGCUAUGCCUCCUCAGGGUAUAGUUCUGGUUCCAGCUCAGGGGGCUACGCUGCUCCUGAACCUUAUAAUGAAACCAGGAUGCAUCCAGCUCAUGAUGAAUAUAAUGAUUGUCAGUAUGUUGGUGAGUGGGGAGACUGUGAUCCCUUCAAGAUGAUCAGGAUCAAGGAGGAGAGAUUAGUUAUUGGAGGAGCUAGCUGUGUUGAGAGAAAGAAUAUCACUAAACCUUGCUCAAGGAAUGAUCUUCCUCCAGGCACGAACUGGUUGUUGAACGAGCACAAGAUGUGCGUCCUUGAACUUCAGAAACUCAAGAGUAUGAUUGAAGAUCUUCACAGAUAUAUUGAUUUGAUCCACCAACGAGGACAAACUCUCUUCAAUGCUUACAAUGAGCUCAGAAAAAGGCUUAUGGAUCUACGACGUGAGAUCUCUAUUAUCGGGAGAAGAAAUCAUGAUGCUGAGCAAACUAUUAACAGAUUGAGGAAGGAGGUUGAGGAUUGGAAGAAUAAAUCCAACAAGAUGCAGAUGGAUCUAAACCAGCUCAAGGCUCAGUAUAAGGGUAUGGAAAUCAAGGUUAAGAACUCUAAACUGAAGAACGAUGAACUAGCCAAGAAGAAGGAAAUCUUAACAUCUGAGCUCUCAACUCUUAAUGCACAGUUUACAGAAGUCAGUACUGAGAACAGGAAUCUGAAAACCCAUCUACUGGAUUCUGAGAGGUAUAAGGAAGAACUCCGAGAACUUCUUGCUGCCAUCUCUGCUCUUGAAAUUAAAAUCUCCAAGACCAAGGCCGAGAUAUCUAAGACCAAGUCAGAUUUGAACAAGUGCAAGAUGGAUAAUGCUAUGCCUAAAGGAUACAAAGGAGCUCCUAAGUUUAACAAGGAUACAAAGGUGAACCUGGACAUGAGUAUGUGGAUUACCCAUAAUAUCACUAAGGAGGAGGGCGAGGUUUAUAAACCUGAAAUUAAGUAUGGAGUAGAUCCUGCAUAUCAUCCCAAAUAUGCUCCUGCUACACCUAAGUAUACUUCUCCUAAAUAUGAAGCACCUAAGUAUGAAGAGCCAAAAUAUGAAGAACCAAAGUAUGAAGAGCCUAAGUAUGAAGAACCAACCACUGUAGCACCUGCUUAUGAAAAACCCAAGUAUGAAACUGAAGCACCAAAGUAUGAAGCACCAAAGUAUGAAGCACCAAAGUACGAAGCACCAUCAACUGAAGCACCUAAAUAUGAGGAACCCAAAUAUGAAACUGAGGCACCAAAGUAUGAAGCACCAGCAACUGAAGCACCUAAAUACGAAGAGCCCAAAUAUGAAACUGAGGCACCAAAGUAUGAGGCACCAAAGUAUGAAGCACCAGCAACUGAAGCACCUAAAUAUGAGGAACCCAAAUAUGAAACUGAGGCACCAAAGUACGAGGCACCACCAACUGAAGCACCAAAAUAUGAGGAACCCAAGUAUGAAGAACCUAAAUAUGAAGAACCAAAGUAUGAAGCACCCCAGCCAGAAGCUCCUAAAUAUGAGGAACCCAAAUACGAAGAACCUAAAUAUGAAGAACCCAAGUAUGAGGAACCAAAAUAUGAAGAACCCAAGUAUGAGGAACCAAAAUAUGAGGCACCAGCAGAGAAAUACUAAGCAAUAAGAUGCCUGUUUAAAAAAGAGAGGUCAAUAUAGCAGAAUGUCAGGUUUAGUAAAGAUUUCAAAAUGUAAUUCUAUCAUAACAUAUUUCAACUCCAGUAUUUGUAAAAUAUAUUUAAUAUUUUUGUGGAUAUUUCUAUUGUUAGCAAUAAAUUUAUAUUGUCAA